AUGUGCCAAACACAGCAGAAAAUGAAAACUGAAGUUAUAACUCAAAUUGAAGUAAUACCUUGCAAAAUCUGUGGUGAUAAGUCCUCUGGGAUCCACUAUGGAGUCAUCACUUGUGAAGGCUGUAAGGGAUUCUUUAGGAGGAGUCAGCAGAACAAUGCCUCUUAUUCCUGUCCUCGACAGAGAAACUGUUUAAUCGAUCGAACUAACCGGAAUCGUUGUCAGCAUUGUCGCCUGCAGAAAUGUCUUGCCCUUGGAAUGUCUCGUGAUGCUGUAAAGUUUGGGAGAAUGUCCAAGAAGCAGCGGGACAGUUUAUAUGCCGAAGUCCAAAAGCACCAACAGAGACUACAAGAGCAACGGCAGCAGCAGAGCGGUGAGGCAGAGGCCCUCACCCGUGUCUAUACAAACAGCAUCAGCAAUGGCUUGACAGACCUGAACAACGAAAUUGGUGGCACUUAUUCAAAUGGACAUGUCAUUGAUCUUCCAAAAGUACAAUCUGAGGGAGCUAAUGGAUAUUACAGUGUAGAUUCUGCUCAACCAUCACCAGAUCAGUCUGGGAUAGACAUGGCUGGAAUCAAGCAAAUAAAACAAGAGCCUAUUUAUGACCUCACCCCUGUUCCAAACUUGUUUACGUAUAGCUCUUUUACAAAUGGUCAGCUGGCUCCUGGAGUAACAAUGACUGAAAUAGAUCGUAUUGCACAGAAUAUAAUCAAGUCCCACUUGGAGACAUGUCAGUAUACAGUGGAAGAACUUCAACAGUUGGCAUGGCAGACGCACACAUAUGAAGAAAUAAAAACUUACCAAAACAAGGUGAGGGAAGUCAUAUGGCAACAAUGUGCAAUUCAGGUCACGCACGCAAUACAGUACGUAGUCGAGUUCGCCAAACGCAUUACAGGGUUCAUGGACUUGUGUCAGAAUGAUCAAAUACUCCUCCUCAAAUCAGGUUGUUUGGAGGUGGUGUUGGUCAGAAUGUGCCGUGCCUUUAAUCCACUGAACAACACAGUGCUUUUUGAAGGAAAAUAUGGAGGCAUGCAAACAUUCAAAGCUCUCGGAUGUGAUGACCUAGUCAAUGCUAUAUUUGACUUUGCUAAGAGUUUGUGCUCCCUUCAGCUGACUGAGGAAGAAAUUGCUUUGUUUUCAGCUGCUGUUCUGAUAUCACCAGAUCGACCAUGGUUGAUGGAACCAAGGAAGGUUCAAAAGCUACAGGAAAAAGUUUAUUUUGCACUACAGCAUGUGAUUCAUAAAAAUCACCUGGAUGACGACACAUUAGCAAAGUUGAUCUCCAGGUUACCAACUUUAACUGCACUUUGCAACCUGCACACUGACAAGCUCCAGGCAUUCAAGCUGUUGCACCCAGAGACAGCCAACAGCCUGUUUCCUCCUCUCUACAAGGAGCUCUUUAACCCGGACUCUUCCGUCCUCCCCAAGUGA